AAAAAAAACCAACAACCCAACAACAACAGCCCCAAGAACCGGAGGCAUUAGAGCAGCUGAGCGAUUCGACUUCCUAGCACUGCUUUGUCGCAGUCUUUUCUUUCAGUUUUGGAUUUAUCUGGCCGAUUUUUUAAAAAAUCUGCAUUUACUUCUCCAAAUCAUUUUCUUUUCCUCCUUAAGAAUCCCAGGCUGUCCCCGUUUUGAGUAGCCGGCCGGGCCGUCUCUCCGCUUUUAAUCUCCAAUAUGAAGCUGAGGAUGGUUGUGGCUUGUUAACCCAAAGACACAUCUGCAGUCGAUGAAAACUUGUUUGUAAACCGCUCUUUGUGGGACAAGAAGCUGGAGGAGGCAUAGAGAUUUUUUAAAAAAAAAUAUUUAACACUUUUUAAAAAAUUUUAUUUUACGAUUUGAGAGAUCCUGGAUAAUUCUUUAUGGUGGUUUUUUCCUCCCCCAGAAAACAGCAAUAUUGAUUAUUUUUUUUGGGGGGGGGGGUGAGCUUUGAAUCAAAGCAGGUUUUUUAUUUUUAAAAAAUGGAAGUCGGACUUAAGCACGCCGUGUUUCGUCUAAGGUAGCGGUUGGGCUCCCCAAAGGUUAUUUUGAGGCUCGUUUUUUGCCCUUGGGUUCACCGCGUGCCUGGGAGAGAAGAAGGAUGAAGAUAUUCCAACACUGUUCGUUUGGUCGGGCAACCUGGAAGUGGCACAUUCAGGAUCCGGCAAGCCAGCGGUUGACAUGGAACAAACCCCCGAAAAGUGUUCUUGUGAUCAAAAAGAUCCGAGACGCCAGUCUUCUGCAGCCCUUCAAAGACCUCUGCAUUUAUUUGACCGAGGUGAACAACAUGCUGGUUUAUGUGGAGAAGAAAAUCCUAGAAGAUCCAGCCAUCAUGAACGACGAGAGUUUUGGGUCUGUGAAGAAGCGGUUUUGCACUUUCAGUGAAGAUUAUGAUGAUAUCUCCGAUCAGAUAGACUUUAUCAUCUGCCUGGGCGGAGACGGGACGUUACUGUACGCGUCAUCGCUUUUUCCGAGGAGUGUACCGCCAGUCAUGGCUUUCCAUUUGGGGUCUCUGGGCUUCCUCACCCCCUUCAAUUUUGAGAACUUUCAGUCUCAAGUCACCCAGGUCAUAGAAGGCAACGCGGCCCUCGUUCUCCGAAGCAGGUUGAAGGUGAAGGUGAUUAAGGAACACUGGGAGAAGAAAGCCGUAAUUCAGAACGGGAUUGAGGAAAACGGCGUGGUAUCAUCAGGCCUGGAAAAAGAAAUGUUUAAGCAAGCAAUUCAGUAUCUGGUCUUGAAUGAAGUGGUGGUGGACCGAGGCCCUUCCUCUUACCUUUCCAACGUGGAUGUCUUCCUUGAUGGUCACCUUAUCACCACUGUACAAGGCGAUGGCGUCAUUGUUUCCACACCGACUGGCAGCACGGCGUACGCAGCCGCUGCGGGCGCGUCCAUGAUCCAUCCGAAUGUCCCUGCCAUCAUGAUUACCCCCAUCUGCCCUCAUUCCCUCUCCUUCCGGCCCAUCGUCGUCCCAGCUGGAGUGGACCUGAAGAUCAUGCUGUCUCCAGAUGCCAGGAAUACCGCGUGGGUUUCGUUUGACGGGCGGAAGAGGCAGGAGAUCUGCCACGGGGACAGCAUCAGCAUCACAACUUCCUGCUACCCGCUCCCUUCGAUCUGCUUCCAAGAUCCCGUCAGCGACUGGUUCGAAAGCCUGGCGGAGUGUUUACACUGGAACGUUCGCAAGAAGCAAAAUCACUUUGCAGUCGACGAGGACGAAGAAUUUUGAGUGUGGGUGACCUCCUUUCUCUGUCUGUCUUGUGUCAUCCGUCUGUCCUUGAAAGGGACCAAGGCAAGCUGGACUGACUCCUGUUUUUAAAUCGCUUUUUGGCAUCUUCCAAAGUACUUUUUCCUCCAAUCUCUUUCGGAUGUAAACAAAAAAAAAAAACAAACAGCAGGUGAAGCUUGUAAGGGACGGGGCGACGUUUCGCCUUCCCUUGGAAGGAUAUCUCUUGCGAAGACCCUCCUUUGCUGUUGCAUGAAUCCUUUUGCAUCUGAAAUAAUUCCGACUUAGCCUGUUCCAAAUCCAUACUUGGAGCACAGCGGGGUUGAAAAUCCACCACGGUCCGAAAAAAAAAAAAAAAGGAAAGUCCGGGGGGGGAAAAAAAAAUAAAAAAUUGUGCGGACAUUCUUCCAACAACUCGACUUGUUCUGCGGUCAGGAUUCCUGCAAAGUUUGCUCCUUUGAGACUUUUCCCUACAGACUUGAUAUGGCCAAGCAUUGACAUGGUCCCAAAAAAAAAAAAAAAAACCCGGAUGGAGAAAGAGAGUAAAAAUCCCGAUUUAACCGCUCUCUGAGGACGGUCCUGUGAAAUUCUGCCAGACAGGGAAAUAGCUUAAAAAGCUCCUGUCCUAUUGCACCUGCUGUUUGAGAAUCCAGUGUUGCUGAGCUCUUUCCUUCUGGAUCAUUCAGGGCUGAAAAAGCUGUCCAAGGCAAGGCUGCCGUCGAUGGUUUUUUGAGGCCCUAAGGAGUACGAAGCUGUUACUGAUGGAAUGGAGGAUCCUGACAGCUGCAGCUGAAGUUAGGAAAAGAAAAGAAAAGAAAAUCCUUUGCAUUUUUGUCUUCAACAUACCGUUUGUCUUUUUUUCUUCUUCUUCCCCCUGUUGUUAUAUUAUCUUCUCUUCUUGUUGUCUAAGUUUCUAUCUCAUGAAUAUGGGGAGAAAAGAUAAAAGAGAUGGCUUUUACAAAGAUUAAUAAAGGGGAUCUUUCACACGAA